UAAAUGGAAGAAUGAAUAUAAUACUCUACAAUGUAACUAUAAUCAUUUUGUAAAUUUACAAUUUGUAAGAGAACUGGCAAAGUUAUAAUGACAUCACUGCGCACAGCAGGGCUUUUUGCUGUUUUUCUUAAUUUAUGUUUUCGAUUCGUUGAUGGAGAGGCCUACUGUUACUAUAGGUACUACUACCAGAAUUACUAUUGUUACUACACCUACACAGUGGACAAUGGUUCACUGUCAGGAAUAAUAGGCGGGGUCAUCUCCCUCCUGAUAAUCAUUGGUGUGGUAGCCUGCAUCAUCAGAGCCAAAUACAACAGAUCAAGGGUGGUAGCGAUUAGUGGUAACACCGGAACCUCGGUCAACGUCACAAGCGUCAAUACUGUUAGUCACGCUCCUCCGCCUCCUCCUCAACAUUAUCCACAGCCAAACUAUGGAUUUGCUCCGCAACCCAACCAGCCCAUGUAUGCAGGUGGAAACCCGGCUUACCCGCCAGGACAUCAUUAUUAGCGAAUCGUGUUUGAAUCAUUUACCCGGCUUACCCGCCAGGACAUCAUUAUUAGCGAAUCGUGUUUGAAUCAUUUAUAUGUGAUGUAUUCUGUAUGAAAGAUGUCAAGAGAGGAAGUAGAUAUUUGAAAGGACAGUGAAAUAGAAAACUGUUACUUGUGAUAAUGAGUUGGUGUUCUUCAUUUACUUCAUGCUCCAGAGUAUAAUAUAUUGAUUUUCUCAAACAUUAUGCAAUUAAAGCGAUGUUUAGGAUUUU